AUGUUGAGAGAUAACUUUGAAGUCACUCUAAAGAGCAUUUUAUGGUUUCGAUUCCUUUAUAUAAUUAAUACUAUACAAGUUGUUUAAUUAAUUAAUGGCUAAAAUGUCUUCAUUUAAGAAAUGCUAACCAAAUAUAGAAUAAAUCUAUUAAUUUAUUUUGGGAACAGCAACUAUUUGAUUUUUGCCUACAUCAUUAUUUUAAGCAUUUUUUUUCAUAUAGCUACUACUAAAUUUUUAAUCAAAAUGAAAAUUUCAGUCCAUCAAUGUAUUGGUUCCUUUGUUGUUUAAACGAUAUAUUACAUAUUGUCUAUGCCAAUAAUUUUGAACUCCCUGUAUGCCAUUUUAAAUUAAGAUCAAUACGCCCAUUUUAUUUUGUUCCUCUUGAAUGUUUUAUUGAAUGUCAUGUAUAUUUACUUCAACUGCUAAACAAGUUUUUAUUAGAUUGACGGUAGUUUUUCAAGAUAAUCAGAUGAAAUUAUUAUCUAUCUCUUUCGAAUUAUUUUAUGCAUAUUAAAGAUCAAAAUACCUAUAAUCGAAUUGCAAUUCACAAUAAUACUCCUUGAAUCAAUUUUGUUGACUAUAUUUUAAAUGAAAAAUACUGAAUCGAAUAGUCAUUUUAUUUUAAAUUUAAGAAUAUUCCUAUUAGUAUUUGGAAUAGCAGGGAUAGCCAAAUUAGAUUGGAUCUUUAUAUUAUUACUCUACGUAUUCCUUAAGAAUAUUAUACAAUCUUAUAAAAAUAGAGUUUAAACUAAUUAAUUGUUUAUCGAUAAAAAUUAAGGUUAAUUAAAAUUAUUGAUUUCCUAAAUUGUAAAUUAUAAUUAAAAUGAUGAGACUUUUAAGCUUAUACUGAUUUAAAGAUAUUUUAAAUUGAAGUUUUCCAAUCUACAACCAAAUCCUUAUGAUGAUGUUAAGCUCUAAGAUAGAUUAAUGAUAGAGCGAUAUUUUUAACAGAACAUAUAUAAGUUGUAUUUUCUAUUGUUGUCAUAAAAUUAAUAAAAAAUGAAAUUUUUAGAUUUUGUAUUUGUGAAAGCUUACACUUAUUUAAUUUAACAAGAAUGCUAAUCGAAAUCUAAGAAAGAUUAAUAAGACAACUCAUGGCUAAUUCGAAUUUUCGUAUAAUAAGAGACCAACUUUGAUAUUUUGGAAUAAGCUAGAAUAACAAAGUUAAUUUAUUUUUAAAACUUAAUUAAGACAAAUAUCAAUGAAUCUAAAUAUUUUAAGAUGAUUAAAAAUUAGACUUCGUAAUUUUGUAUAAAAAUGUAAAAAUUAAAGAAGAAACUUGAGACUAACAUUGAUUUAAAAUCCUAAACUCUUUAAAAUUCUGAUAUUGUUGAUCUUAAAACCAUUUAAGCUAUUUAAAAAUACUACUAUGUCUUUUAUGGUGACCAUGAGAAAGCUACUCAAAUUGGAAUGAAGGCUAAGGAUUAAUUAGGGUGGGAUCGUAGUUUAAACAAAAAGUUAUAAAAAAAUUAAAUCUUUCUAAUUUAAGUAAGUUAUUUAUAAAAAAAAUGGAAAAUUUUGAACCCUAAAGCAAAAUAUUUGGAAGAAUAUUUUAAAAAUCAAUAUUUGGAUAAUGUUUUGGAUCUAUUUCCAUAAUUUUUAAGGGGACAUUAUGAAUAAUAAUUAAUUAAUUACGUAGAAACUGAAUUUGUCGACAAAUAUCAAUUAAAGACUUUUAUAUUGAAAAAUAAUUAUAUAAUUUCUUGUAGAAUUUCUUUUUAUCACGAAGUUUUAGAUAAUGACUUAAUUAUCAACAAUGUAAUAGAGAUUGAAGAUAACAAUAAUUUUCUAUUAUUUGAUUAAUUUGGCAAAAUUUUUGGGAUUUCAGAGUAACUCUUCUAUGAACUUUAAAAACUUGAUGAAUAUUCUACCCAGGAAAUAAAUUAUUCAACCUUCCUCGAUAAAGCAAUGAUAUAAUUUUAUAUUCCAGGCAUAGAAUAUUAAGUUCUUUAACUUACUUCAUUUUAAUAAUGUAAUUAAAUUGAAUUUUAAUCAUACUUUUCCAAAAACCUUAACCUUGAUGAUUGCUUAUAGUUGAAAAUAAAUUUCAACUUAUCAGAGGAACUUCUACCUUCGAUUAAACGUAGUUCAUCAUAGAAUUUUAGAAAAAUAAUUCAAGAUGACAAUCAAACUUAAAAGAAUAAGAAAAUAUAACUUUUGAAUCCUAAAUUUUCGAUGUAGUUUGAAUAAACCCAAUAGUGUCUAAAUUAAGAUUAAAAUAUAUUUUCUCAGAAUUUUCAAUUAGAAUAUAUUCAAUUAAAUAAUUGUGAUUAUUAUUAUUUUAUCCUCCAUUUUUCUGAUUUAAAAAAUAAUUUGGAAAGUUAAGAUAGGAGUUUGAAAUUAGAAACAAAGACAAUAAGCAAGAAUCGUGUUAUUGAAAAUAACAUAAAUAUGUCAGUUAUUGAAUAAAUAAUAGAAAAAAAGAAAAUAUCAAGGAAUUUAAAGCUGUAAAUAAUGCUAAUAAUUAUUCUUAUCGUUUAUGUGGUUUGUAGUAUUUUUGUCAACAAAUAGUCAGGAAACAGUGAAAUCAAAUCUUAUUAAACUUCAAUUAAUUUCUUAAUCAAUCCUUAAGCCUUAACUUUCUCAUAUGCAGGAUCAUUUCUUUUAUAGUGGAAUAGAUACUGUGUAGAAAGUGGUUUAUAUAAUAUGUCUUAAUAUAUAGAAUUUUAAAGGCAAUCAAAAUUAAAUUACGCUUUUACAUUAUGGAAAGGUAUACAUAUCAAUUAUACUUUGAAUCUAAGUAAAAGAAGCAGAGAAUUAGGGAUGGAAAUGGUUGAUGUAAUAGAAUAUGACAAAAACAAUAAUAAAAUCAUAACUCAAAUGGACUAUUAUUCAUUUUAUACUAUAUCCAGAGAAAAAAUGGUUAGAGUAUAGAAAAAUACUAAUUAUUCAAAUAUUUCAACUCAUGACUAUUCUAUAUUUAAAGCAAAUGGAUUUAUUAGGCAGAACAUUUUGACUAUCUUUAAAUUUCAUGAUAUAGUGAUAAAUGAUGAAAUUGAAUAUUUGAAACAAAAAGUAGAAUUCUCUCAAACAAAUUUUUAUUUGAUAGAAAUAAUUUAGAUAGGUUGUGCAAAUGUACUUUCAACUGCUCUCAUUUUUUUUAUUUAUAUACAAGUCAAAUUAAAGAAUAGAAUAUUCUUUUUAUUAUCCUUGAUAGAGAUUAAUUCGAUAAAAGCUUAGAUAAUAUAAACAAAAGAGUUAUCUUAGUUUACAAAUUAUUCCUCAAAAUCGAAGAAAUAAUAUUUAAUUAAUAAUAAAGAUUCAACUGAAGAUUUUUAAUAAUAGAAAAAUAACCAUACAAUUUAAAGAUUACAGAAUAUUAAAUUCUCUACUAAAUUGUAUUUAAUUAUACCGAUUGUAUUUAUGGUUUGUUAUGGUUCAUAAAUGAUUGGAGCCUAUUAUUACAGAGCAUUUUACUAUAAUAAUUAUAAGAAUUCAUUAUUGAUGACAAUGAAUUACAUCAAAUUUAAGAAGCUAUUUGAUAGUUCCAUCUUACUUGGUGAAUUAAUUAAAACAGAACAUCUAAUACCAUCAAAUCCUCAUUAUUUAAUUAAUGAAACUGAAACUGUAGAAUUAUAUUUGAUGUAUGCUGACAAUUCAACUGAUUUGUUUAAUAAAAUACUGGAUGAUUUAAUCGUAUCAGAUUAUUUUAACUAUACAAUGAAAAAUCUAAUAUUAAGUGCUUUUAGAAAGGAUUUGUGUUUGAAUUUUACAAGAUUUCUCGUCUUUUGUAAUAUAAGUUAGAUUAAACUACCUUACAAAGCCAGUGAUUCUUAUUUAUCCAUCACAUAAAAUGGUAUAGGGGGAGUAAUAUAAAAUUACAAAAAGAUGGUGUAAUAAGAUUAUUUUAUAGAGAGGUAGACUUUGAAAUAUUCAAAAAACAAUACUUAAUUUAUUAAUUCUUAGAUUCACUAGAAUUUCUAUGUUCAAUAUGCCUAAGAUAUUUAAUCAUGCUUUUUCACUUGUUUUAGUUACUUCAUUAAUGAAAGCAUCUAUUUAAGUGAUCUAUUUAUUGAAGCGAUGUCAGAUUACUUUAACUUAACUGGAAUAAUGUAAUUAUUUCUAAAUUAUUUAAGUAUUUUGCUACUAUAUAUUCUAUUCUCUGGGUUUUGGAUCGUCUAUCAAUAUUUACAGAUACAUUAGAUAAAAUUUGUUUUACUCUUACUUGAACCAAAAUUAGUAUAGAAAAAAGGAAUUCAUCCAAUGUUAGUGAGAAUUAUGAAUUAAAUAUGA